CAUGUGAGAACUUAGUUUGCAAAUUUGUUUCCCCCCGGUUCAAGUUGUAGGUGGCACCAACCGGAAGGUAUCUGUUCUCCUUCGUGUGGCCGGACUUCAGCAGAGUAUUUCGUGUCCAAACCUGCAUUUACUUCGUCUCGAACCCGUGGGGAUUCCUCUCUUUUGAGCAUGACAGACCGAUACAACAUCCACAGUCAGCUGGAGCACCUGCAGUCCAAGUACAUUGGGACAGGACACGCUGACACCAGCAAGUGGGAAUGGCUGGUCAACCAGCACAGAGACUCGUACUGCUCCUACAUGGGACAUUUUGACCUUCUCAACUACUUCUCCAUCGCUGAGAACGAGAGCAAGGCGCGCGUCCGCUUCAACCUGAUGGAGAAGAUGCUGCAGCCGUGUGGACCACCAGCAGACAAGCCUGACGAUGCCUAGAUCAGAUCACUUUGGGAUGUCUGUGUUUUUUUAAAACAUUUUUUUUCAGGAUUUUAUGGACACCCAACUUGAGUUCUGCUGGACAUUUUCCCUGUUCCUGCUUUUCCCCUUGUAUGUCAUGCUCCAGGCCACUGUAGAAGGACUGAUGUAGGUCACACAGUUGUUUGAAUUUGACUGUGUCACAGCCAUAUUGUCUGUCUCCUGAUAAAACAGAAGAUAUGUACAUCUAGCUCUUUACUGUGGUUUGGACUAACUUAACAGAAAUGUUUCCCUCAGGGAAGUUUGUUAUUGAGGUUCUGAAAAAGUAAGGAGCAAAGCAAGAGCUUUAACCUGAGGAACAGCAAAACUGUCACCAUAAAAGAUUACAAAAUGCACCACUAAUGGCUACAUUAGAAGACAAUGGAAAGAUUUUUCUGUCUGGUGAAGUGAAUUGACUAAUUGUUUUUUCAUCUGUCACAUCUUUUUAUAUUGUGAUAUUUUUGGAGCCUUAGCCUCAAUUAAAAUUCCUGUUUUUGACUCAGA